AUGGUCCAAUUGGCUGAUAGAGUUCGACAAGUCGAACGGUUAAAAGCUGAAAAUUCUAGAACUUCUAGGUUCAGAAAAAAGAAAGUAGCUUAUGUCAAAGUCGACAACAUAGAAAACUCAUCCGACUCAGAGUAUGAGUAUGUGGAGGAGAACAAGUUCAAUAUGGACGAACUGAAUCCCGAUCCUCCCUAUACAUGCAAGUUGCUAAAACCCUCGAACGUAAAGAAUCCCAUAGAGCCUAAAAAUGAGAAAUUUGUCGCUAGGACAAGUACCUUUGACGUUACUAAAUGUGACGAAAUCUUUGAUCUGUUGGUUGUUGAUGGACAAAUCGUUGUUCCAAAAGGGAAUAAAGUCAUGCCAUUAGAACAGAGAAAGGAACUAGUGCAAAAUUCUCUUAAGGAUGACAGACUCCAGUUUGUUAACAAGCAGAAACUAUGUUUGGAGGAGGAAACUAAAACAAAAGGUAAGGCUCUCUUUGUCGAGCUAGUGGACAUCAUGGUCGUCGACACUGUAGGAAACGAUGUGGCUAAAGAUAGCAGACCAAACAACGAGGAUUAA